AGUCGGACCACACGAUGGCGUAUGCCUACCACCAACCAUGGCACCCGCCAUCACUGAUUACAUACAGGUCCUUGGGUGAAGACCCGCCAGUGGGCGAAUUCCCGUUUGCCGAGGAUUGGCGGGACCCAAACUCAGCUUGGACAGGUGGUGACAAAGCUUUGUUCCUCAUUAUCUUUGGAUUGUUUUGGGUCCUGAUUUGUGUGCUGGUGUACUACUGGCCAACAAUUUCGGAGGGCUGCAACCGCAUCAAGCGGCGCGUGGCCUCCGCGAGAGCUCGCAGCAUCAACGACACUUCGGCCCCAUUGGUUGAGGGGGCCGCGGAGCUGAGCAGCGCUUGUGACCUGGCUGUGGGGCCGACACCAAGCUACCCUGCGGACAGGAGAGUCAUUGAGCUGUUCCAGGACCGAGUCAAGGCGACUCCAGAUUCCGUGGCUUUACUCGUGCCUGGUGCUGGAAGAACUUCCAAGGAGAUCACGUACAAGGACCUGGGCACGCUGGUGGAUGAGGUUGCCGAGUGCCUCGUGUCUCUGGGCGCCUGCUGUGACUCUGUGGUCGGCCUCAUGAUGGACCGCUGCGUGGCGCAGGUGGUGGCGGUCUUCGGGACCCUCCAGGCUGGGGCAGCUUUCCUUCCCAUCGACAACGAUGCGCCGCUGGCGCGGAAGCAGUUCCUGCUCAACGAGAGUGAAUCCAGGGUCCUCAUUGCUGUCUCAGGCGACGAGGUGGCCCGAGAGCUGGCGGUGGAGAUGGGCUGCCACUUCAUCUCUCUGCCUGCCAACGGCUCCGCCUCCCUCCAGCUUACGCGCCGCCAGCGCUCUCGGACGCACUCCUUCGGCUCGGAUUAUGAGGGCAUGGUCGCUGAACCCUCAGGCCGCGAGCGUGUUCAGAGCGCCGGCGGGGAGUACCGGCGCCCGGAGGCUCAGGACAUGGCCCUGCUGAUCUACACCUCGGGAACCACCGGCGCUCCGAAGGGCAUCGUCUAUGACCACACGCACCUCAUGCACGGUGUCCAUUUCUUCGCAGAGCAUUGUGAGAUGGAUUCGAGCUCCGUGGCGCUCCUCAAGUCCCCGUACUUUUGGGCAAUUAUCGAGUGGGAGAUGUUCCCGGCGCUGACGCGAGGUGGCAAGCUGGUGGUGGCGUCUGCAAAUGGUCACAAGAGUCCCGAAUACAUGGCGAAUGCCAUCUCCGCAGAGGAGGUGAGCGUGCUGAUGAUCACACCGCAGGUCCUGGACCUGGUCCUGGACGUCCACGACUCCCAGGGCAACGCGCGGCCGCUACGCUCGGUUCAGCACAUCGUGACAGUGGGGGAGCCAUUGGGAUGCGCAGUGGCCAACAGAGUGGUGGCGACCAGAGGCUUGGAGGCGCAUUUGCACAACUUCUACGGCGCUUCGGAGAGCUCCUGCACGGUCUACACCGUCCCGAAGAACGGCAUUGACUUGGAGAUCUUCCCCUCCAAGGCGCCAUGCGGGCGACCGCAGCCGCACUCCAAGGUCUACAUCAUGAAGGAGGAGGGCGCCUCGCUGGUGCCAGUGCCGGACGGGGAGGCGGGUGAGGUCUGCUUUGGCGGGGUCUUGGCCGCCUGCUACUGGAAGCACGAAGAGCUGACAGAGCAGAAGUGGAUCGAGACGCAGGCCUAUGGCCGGCUCUACCGCACGGGGGACAUGGGCCGAUGGAAGAGUGGACAGCUGGAGGUGGUGGGACGGGUGGACCGUCAGGUGAAGAUCCGGGGUGUCCGGGUGGAGCCCGAGGAGGUGGAGGCGGUGCUGAGGAGGUUUACCUACGCCGCCAGCGAGGACAACGGCGAUAGCGCCAUGGAGAGCGGGAAUGGCCCGCGCCCGGCCUUGAGAGAGGUGGCGGUGGUGGCCUCCAAGGAGCCGGCGGACCUGGUGGCCUUUGUGAGCCUCAGGGAAGGCCUGCAGGACCGGGUGUCCAGCGAGACCCUACGUGCCCACUGCCAGGCCAACUUGACGCCUUCCUACGUUCCCAAGUUCUUUGUGGUGCUGCCUGAGCUCCCAAAGCUGCCCAAUGGUAAGUCCAAUCUGAAGCAGCUGGCCGAGAUGGCCACUGAUCACGUUGUGGAAGAGGGCGAGGUGGUCAUGGACUCCUUGGGCCAGAUGAAGAAGCUGUCCAAGUGGGCCAUUUUCGAGAACCAGGUGAUUCAUCGGUGCUACGCGUGGUGGAUGAUCGGAGUAUUGACCGACCACUACAUGCGCUGCGCGAUAGACUCCGACUCCACGAACAAGUUCUGGCCGUUCUGCACGACACUUGCCAGGAGCUCGGUGAAGCCCUGGUCCGAGAUCGUGGUGAGGUCCUUGGGCAAUGACCAGGACCUCUUCGGAUUCAUCAUGCUGGGGGCCUAUCAGGAUUCCCGGCCCGCAGCGCACGGCGGCAAAGCCAAGGUGAACUUUGGGUUGAAGGACCUCUUCGUCUUCCUGGUGUAUAUGGCCAUGGCUCUGCCCUUCCCCCAGAUCCUGCACUUCAUCUUCCGCGACAUCGCUUGGCCCAUCUCCUGGGGCGGAGCCGAUCCGCCGGCCAACGAGUGGGGCUGGGACUACAUGAAGGUGAACUCCUACACCUCGGAUCACCGGUGGUACCUGGGCAUGGUGUUUUGCGCCCGGGCCUUCCUGGAGCUUGGGGAGCGGCUGCAGGUGCCGGGCUGGCUGCAGGGCAUCCUGGCCACCAUCCCGUGCCUUCUGCCAGACUCGGUGUUUGAAGGUACAAGUGAGCGGCCGUUCACCUUCGACCUCUGUUCGGGUCAGGCCCAGGUGUACGUCAUGUGGACCUUCUCGUGGAUCUACCGAAACUUCGGAGGCGGCUGCGCCAUGUAUAUGCGCUGGGUCUCCUGGUACUUGGCGUACUAUGUGUGGUGCUUCCACUAUCUGAGGCCGGUGGUGGACAAGCUUAGCAAGCGGCUACCAAAGGGCCCCACUUGGGCUGCCGCCUCGCUGGGCUGCAGCAUGAUGAUAGGGGUGAUGAUGUGCAUGUUCCACUAUCCCAACAACGUCCUGGAGAAUGGCACCGGCAUGGCUUGGGCCUGGCUGGAGCUGUCCGUCGACGUGAUCCAGCCCACGCUCUUUGCGCUCGGCAUGACCUACUUCCCCUUCGACCUAGCUUGGUGGGGAAACACCACCCUGGGCGCCUACGUCUUCCAUUUUUAUUUUAGAGAUCACGUCGCAGUGUGGACCAUGAAUAUCUGCGAUCAUCUCACAUGGGAUGAAUCUGGCCUGUCAGUCAUCCUCGUUAUUUUCCUGAUGUGCCUGAUAUUCACGACCUUCAUUGGGCCGGUUGGGCACUACAUCUUGCUCUCUCCGACGCUGCUGUAUGCCAGAGUACAGAGAAUACUUUCGCGCCGGCAGAGUUCCUGAGAUCGCAUGCGCGGAUAAUGUCAGAGACGGUUUCCGGCGACGGCACUUGGCCAGCGGGGAGACCGCUCUGUUCUCAGCUCUCACCCCCCUUCGAAAUCCGACGGUAGCAAAAGCUGCCGUGUGGAACGGAACCGGGGGGGGAUUUCCAUCGUCUGACACACAUAUGGUGCUGUCCGCGCUCAGAUCUGCAUGGACGGACGGCCAAGGGGUGCUGAGCUUGGCAGUGUCCCACUUUUGCCAGCGCCUGAAGAGCCCCUGCUACGGCUGGAGCCAUUCUGACGCAUAGAUUUGAAAGAGCGCGCAUUAGUUGACAA